GAGCACUUGUAAAAGAUUGCUAAUUACUACAAAUUCUCUUCCUUCACGUUUCACAGUAAUGUGUAAAUUUGUGUAGAGAUUUGAUAAUGUAGCGUAUAGGCAUAUAUAAUUCUCGGCAUUGUUAAGGCAUUUCAAGCUUUUCGGCAAGUUCAGUCGCUUUGCCUUCGUUGAAAGUAUGAAGAUUCUUGUUACUGGGGCAUCUGGGUAUCUAGGUGGAAGGCUGUGCCGUGCAUUAUUGAAUCGAGGCUUCUCCGUUAGGGCUUUGGUCCGUCCGACCAGCGACCUUUCUUCUCUUCCUCAUGAUCCUUCUGCUCUGGAGCUCGUUCAUGGCGAUAUCACGGAUUACCAGUCGCUUCUAGAGGCAUGCUCGGGCUGCCAUGUCGUCUUCCACGCGGCUGCAAUGGUCGAGCCGUGGCUUCCUGAUCCAUCGAAAUUCAUUUCUGUCAAUGUACGAGGGUUGCAGAACGUAUUGCAAGCGGUUAGAGAGACGAAGACAAUCGAGAAGAUUAUUUAUACGUCAUCCUUUUUUGCGCUUGGCUCAACUGAUGGAUAUGUUGCCGUUGAAAGCCAGGUUCAUCACGAGAAGUUCUUUUGUACAGAGUACGAGAAAUCGAAGGCCACUGCUGACAAGAUUGCAUUGCAAGCUGCAUCUGAGGGGAUUCCGAUAGUGCCGGUUUAUCCCGGAGUUAUCUAUGGUGUUGGAAAAGUCACGGCUGGGAAUGUUGUUGCUCGCAUGCUGAUUGAACGGUUCAAUGGGCGACUACCCGGAUAUUUAGGCCAAGGAAAGGACAAGUUUUCCUUUAGCCACGUCGAUGAUGUGGUAGAAGGGCAUAUUGUAGCAAUGCAGAAAGGUCGAGUAGGUGAGAGGUAUCUUCUAACAGGAGAAAAUGCAUCAUUUGUAGAAGUUUUUGAUGCAGCUGCAGCCAUUACUGGUACGAAGAAACCAAUCUUUAAUAUUCCAUUGUGGUUAAUUGAAACCUAUGGCUGGGUUUCAGUUUUCAUCUCUCGAAUCACAGGGAAACUUCCUCUCAUCAGCCCUCCGUGAAUGUUGAAGGUUGCUCCAGACAAGUUCAUAAGUCGACUCAAGAUCAAGUAAAACUAAGAGGUGGCAUGAGGAAAUGUCUGUUCCGAAAGAAAAAAGACAAACCUUUAAGUUUUGAGUUGAGACUAAUUGAGCUGAAAGGAAUAUACCUAUCGAGAAACAAUCAAGUCAAACUCAAUCUUGAUGCUCUGCAACCUUGAGGAUCGUAAUUCUCUCUACAUUGUUCGGUACCACAUUUAAGUAACCUUAUUCGACAAUCUCAAAGGGAAUGAAAUAAACUCUAAAGAAGGACUUUUAACUUUACUUGAACAAUGCAUUCUCUACAAUUGUCUAAGUACUCUCAAACGGGUCAACUUGGAAGAUUCAUCAAAGAAGCAGGCCAACCAGGAGUGUACAAAGAGGUCCGCAAUAGUUAAGUUAACUCAAACUAGUAAAGUGACAUUAAAGAGAGAUUAGAGAGAUUUUAAAGUUGAGUUGAACAGGUUGUUAGACCAAUAAGUGGUUUGGUUAUUUGUGGGAAGUCACAUGGGGCGGGAGGUAAGAGGAAGUUUCGUAGGUAAAAGGUAGGGAAUUGAGUUUUGAUAUUGUCAUAUAUGUGUGUUGUAUUGUAUGGUUGAAUUAAGGGGAUUGACAAGAAAAGAAGAAGAAAGGGUGUUUGGAGGGCGUUGGGUUGUUAACAGCUGUGGAUAAUAAUAAUAACAAUAACAACUAUAAAUAAAUAAAUAGAACAAACAUUUUAAACAA